AUGUUUGAAUCUGCAAGAAGUAUUAUGAGUUGGCUUGGUGAUUGUGAAAAGGUUAUAGCAGUGAAAAAUAAUCCAGUACAAUGGACAACUCCUCUUGGACUUCCUGUUGUUCAACCAUACAACAAAUUCGGAAGACAUCUUAUUAUGACAUAUCUUCAAGUUUUGACACUAAAACGAGAAACCGAUAAGGUAAUGGUGAAAAGACAAAGAACAGCCUUUCCUCCUCACUUUGUCCACUCUCUUGAUGGGUCCCACAUGGUGAUGACAGCCGUUGCUUGUAGAGAGGCUGGCUUAAGUUUUGCAGCUAUGAAAAACCCUAAUUCUACUCUCCUUAGAAGUAAAUGGAGUCCUAUUCCAAUACCCCAUAGAACUAUCCUUGAACCCAAAGGUCAAGAUCUUGAUUACAUCAACAUAGCUCACAGUUAUCUUCUUCACUCUGAUUGGGCUAAGCUAGAUAAAUUAUUAACAAAAUCUAAUUCAUUACGAGUGAAGCACAUUCCGUUAAAGCUUCAAAACGGCUACGUCAUUUCCCUAAAAUUCUUCAAAUGGAUUGAGCUUCACAACCCUAGUUUACUCACCCUCGAAAGAAAUUCCAUCAUCAUCCACAUCCUCACCAAGAAUCGUAAAUUUGUGUCAGCUGAAUCCAUUUUAAAGAAGAUCAUCGGUUCUUGUUCUUGUGAUGUAAACCUCCAUUCUAAGCUCUUCGAUGCUGUUCUUCACUCUUAUCGAAUGUGUGAUUCCACUCCUCGUGUUUUCGAUGCCCUUUUCAAAAUUUUCAAUCGAGAAAACAUCGCGUUACCAUUUUACAACCAAAUGAGAAGAUCCAAGAUCACAAUCAAUGUGUUCACUCUCAAGAUGGUAAUGAAUGCUUAUGUUCAAUUAGGGAAACUAGAGAAUGCAGUCCAAGUGUUCGAUGAAAUGCAAGGUAUGGGAAUGAACCCUUUUGUCUCCUCCUAUAAUACAUUGAUCACUGGAUACAUCAACCAAGGCCUUUUAACAACCGCAAUCAAGUUGAAACGUACAAUGGAGAAGAAUGGAAUUAGCCCAAAUUCCAUAACUUACAACACAAAAAUCCAUGGAUUAUGUAUGUAA